AUGCCGACGCGGGUUCCCCCUCCUCGCUCCAGCACCGCCCCGCGCGCGGACAGCGAAUUCCCGCCGCCAGGCCCCGCCCCCGCCGCGUUUACCUCAGCGCGGGCGACGGAGGAGGAGGAGGAGGCGGGCCUCUUGUUCUCCUCAGCGAGCAUCCCUCGGCGAGCGGCGGGCUCGCGCGCCUCACGUGACACAACAGGUAUCUCCCUCUCUCUUUCUGCGCUCCCCCCCUUCUCUGUUCGGAGGGGAGGGGAAUUAAACGAGGUCUGUCCCCUUCUCUGGUGGGGGGGAUGGAGGAGGAGGAACCACGGGUUUCUAUGGUAACGGAGCGACAUCCCCUCCCCCCCCGCUUCACACACGCCGCUUCCUCCUCCUCCUCCUCUUCAGGCCUUGGCCGGUCGCCAGGAGGAGCAUAAGGCAACGGCAGAAAGCGGGGGGGGGGGGAGGGAGAGCAGCAGGGAUCCGUGGGAGGGGGGGAAAGAGAAAUAAAGGGGGCGAGGGGGAACUGAGGGGGUUGGAUGAAUGGGAGAGAGGAGGUGAAUGGGGAGGGGGUUGGAUGAGGAUGAAUGGGGGAGAGGGAUGGGAUGAUCUUCCCUUUCACAGCUGCUUAAUCAGCAAAUUUUUUGGGGGGGUGUGUCUCUAAGCAAAGGUCUUCUUGAUGGUUCCCUAACAUUUACUUGGAGGCAUCUUUCCAUUGUAGUGAUAAUUGGGAGGGGAAGGCCUAGUUGCCUUGGCAGAGGUGCCCUUCAGUUUGACCCAACGGGGAGGGCGGACUUGGAAGCGGAAGAUGGAUUUGAAAUCAAUCAAUCAAACCGCUGUUUUAAUUGUGUCACUGAGGGCUGGGGUUCUAUGGGUGCAGCUUAGGGUUGCUGGGCUGCUUCCGUGCAGGCCGAACCGGUUGGUGGUAUGUAUUUGGAGUAAGGAGGCAGUGUUGAUGGUGAUGGACUUUGGUAGACGUGGUCCAGCCACGCAUGAAACCUAAAUGGAUGGGGUCAUCUCUGCUUUAAAAGGUACAUAAAUUUUCAGCUAACGUAACCUGGCUGCCGCUUGUGUAUCUGGCUGAACGAUUCAGGAGCUUGCGUUUCAUCUCCGCUUCAUCGGAUAUCUCUGUGAACUCGCCAGCACAUUACUAAGAAGAAAAGUGAUAAAUGCGAAAAGGGGAGGGUGUAUAAUUAAACAUGUUUAACAGGGAAGCAACAGUUAAUUUAUUAGGUGGUUUUACAAGAAUCCCUGCAAAUCCAAAAGAAAAUAUACACAUUAUUUGUCUGUGCGUAUCGGAAAGACAGUCUCAUGUCUAAUAUAUUCUUAAUAAAAGACUAAAGUAUGAUUUUCAGUAUAUAUUUGCCAAAUCAUCAUCAUCAUCAUCAAUCUUUAUUACGGUCCAGAGACCCAACAAAACAUUACAAAUUAAUACAGAGUUCAUACAGUCUACCUCCAGGUUAAUCAAGCACUUUGUUUGGAAUAUAGGGACUAUAUUUGCCAAAUCUGUUAUAGAAAUAUACGUGGGAAUAUUACUUGGUAUAUACUUGUGUGAUUUCACAUAAAUUGAUAUCAGAAACAGUUUAAUUAUUAAAAGCUCCUUGUCUUAUUUAUUACAUUUAUAUCCCGCCUUUGCCUUUGUUCAGAUACCAAAUACAGUACUAGCACAUGAAUGUUCAGAUUUUCUGGAGAGCUGGGGGUGGUGUGGAAGAGAAGGGGAAGUUAUGCCACUUAAGCAAAAGUCCAUUUAUGCAAUAUUGGAUGUCACCUAUCAAUAUUUCCCUUCUCACAGUGCCCACACACAAGUUGGCAUUUUUAUUGAACUAAUUAGCACAGCCUCAGUAUCUCUUCUGGAGAGUCCAAAUUCUGAACAAGUUGCUGCUCCAUCAAACUUUAUUUCCCAUUUUGUUGUACAUUUUCCCAUUCAGGAAUGUCCUUUUGGAACUCUUCCUCAUUUGCUUGGGUUCUUAUCAUCCUCAAUAAUUUAGGUAUCCCAUGAAAUGUCUGUACCCUGAUUUCAGAGUCUUUAUGACUAGUAAAAAAGCAUCAUUCCUAUAAAGAUUACUCUUGCUCUGGAGGCUAGGAGUUGAACCAAUGGCUUCAAGUUAUGAGAAAGGAGAUUCCUAUUAAACAUCAGGAGGAACUUUCUGACAGUAAGAGCUGUUUGACAGUGGAACGAUUGCCCUUGGGAGGUGGUGAACUCAUCAGGUUUUUAAGUAGAGCUUUGAUGGUCAUAUGCCAUUUAUGGUUUAGUUGAGAUUCCUGCUUUGCAGGGGGUUGGACUAGAUGACUCUCAGGGUCCCUUCCAGCUCUACAGUUCUGUGAUUCUAUGAUCCAGAAGCACCCAAUGUUUAGUUCCCUUAGUUAUGAAAGCUGCCCCUUUAUUCCUACCCCCUGCCUCCAGUUCUUUAACCAGUUAUUGAGCUAUAAGAGGACCUGGCCUCAUGACUGAAAAAUUUGUGAAUGGAUUCCCUAGAGCUUGGAAAAAGUUACAAAAUACAGAUAUGUAUGCCUAUAAGCGACACUUAAAAAACAAAUAAAUCUGCACUCAUUAGAAGCUUAACUUUGUUCACACAAAACCAGGUUGAAUGAGUAAGUUGUAGUGGUCCUAGAUACCCCAUAAAAUUAAGCAGAUUGUGGUGUUUGUUCCAUGUUGGAGUGUGCCUUUGGGGAUGAGGUCAAGCUGUUGGAAGGUUGCAGCACCUUCUGUGGCUGUAGAGACCGAUGUGGGUAUUUGUUCAAGCUUUGGUAAAAUGGAGGUAUCAUUUGCUUGGACCAUGAUUAGUGUGUGUGUGGGGGGGGGAGCCAGAAUCUGAAACUACAUUUUUUAUUCUUGUUUGGCACUUAACUUUGGUCCAAGGGAACUGUAACUUUCCAAGUUAUCAGCACUUAGUUUGGUUUUCUUCUCCUUUGCUGCAUAAGACAGUAUCGGGGAGCUUAUGAGCCUGAGACUUGUUUGUGUAGCAUGGAAACAUGGCUUUCUUUUACAUCUGAAUAAAGGGAAAGGUAAAGGGACCCCUGACCAUUACGUCCAGUUGUGGCCGACUCUGGGGUUGCGGUGUGCAUCUCGCUUUAUUGGCCAAGGGAGCCGGCGUACAGCUUCCGGGUCAUGUGGCCAGCAUGACUAAGCCGCUUCUGGCGAACCAGAGCAGUGCACGAAAAUGCCGUUUACCUUCCUACCGGAGCGGUACCUAUUUAUCUACUUGCACUUUGAGGUGCUUUCGAACUGCUAGGUUGGCAGGAGCUGGGACCGAGCAACGGGAGCUCACCCUGUCGCAGUGAUUCGAACCGCCGACCUUCUGGUCGGCAAGUCCUAGGCUCUGUGGUUUAACCCACAGCUCCACCCGCGUCCCUCCCGUCUGAAUCAAACCAUUACCUUAAUCUAAGGCAACAGAAGCUCCCCAACCCCAGUCCCUUGUCUGCACCCUAGCCAUACGGAUUUAUUUGAAGGAAAUAUCACCUGUUUUCUUUGAGCUUAUUUCCAAAAACUUAGGAUAGCAGUAUUGGGAAGGUUCCUUGUGAUAUUUGAUACCACCUCUGUGGCCUUUUGUGUUAAAAUAUCUCUUUCCAGUCUCAGUUCUAAAAAGAUUAAACUCACUAUUUUCAAUGUGAUUUAGGUCUUUGUUUAAGAGAUAUACCAGGUUGCUCUGACUCUCGAUCCAUAUUUUAUGAGACAGGUAUUGGGGACUCUGGCACCGCCUGUUUUGAUAAAAUUUUGGAGACCCACAGAACAACAACACACAAGAUUCUUUCAUUGGAUUUAUAGUUAUAAAUGACUUAUUCAGGGAUAUUAAAACAUACCUUGGGUCUAUGUCGCUCUGAAUCCCUUCAUUUAUUUUAUUUUAUUUGGUUUAAUAAUAAGUACUACCAGCAGAUCUAUCUGUUUUAGGGGGGGACUCAAUGAUAAGAAAUUGUGAUUUGGAGUUGAGGUGGAGUAACACAGCUGGUUCAACUCUUGCCUGUGCUGAUCUUGAUCUUCACCUUGUGAUGAAGCUCUGUAUGGAAUAACGUGAAUGAAUUCAUUAUCCACGAAUGCCUCGCAAGACGGAAAACCCGCUAGACGAAAGGGUUUUCCGUUUUGGAGGUGCUUCGCAAAACGAAUUUCCUAUGGGCUUGCUUCGCAAGACGAAAAUGUCUUGCAAGUUCCUGCGGGUUUUUUCCCCUCCCCCCCCUUUUCCCAAGCCGCUAAGCCGCUUAUCAGCUGAUCCGCUAAGCCGCUUAACAGCUGAUCGCUAAGCCGCUUAUCAGCUGAUCCGCUAAGCCGCUUAACAGCUGAUCCGUUAAGCCACUAAGCCGCUUAUCAGCUGAUCCGCUAAGCCCGCUAAGCCGCUAAUAGCACUAAUCCGCUAAACCGCUAAUGGGCUUGCUUCGCAAGACGAAAAAACCGCAAGACGAAGAGACUCGCGGAACGGAUUCUUUUCGUCUUGCGAGGCACCACUGUAUUUGCUGUGUGAUUAAUAGGGCAGCUCCAUGUAUGAUGGUCUGGUCCGUAGAUUUUCAUCAUACCAGAAGUUAAUAUUCACCAUGAGUCCAAUUUUAGUGAAUUUAAACUUAGUUCAAUUUUAGUGAAGCCUAUUGAGGUGUGUUAUGACUGUUCAUGAAAAUGCGAAUAUUCAGGUUUUCCAGAGGCAUUAACUGUCAGCAGAAAUAUGUGGGUUUGUACAUUUUGAAACCUGUUCCAGGGAAUUUGUUGACCUAUGACAUACGUAGUUCUGUUGUUCCACCUGAGUUCAAUCAGAUCAUUCCUAAGAUUAUACCUGGUACCAGAAUUAGUUUGUUGCAAACUUCUCCUUAGGGGGGAAUUGACUGAGAACAAGAGGUUAGAGGUAAGUUAGACAUUGACAGGAUCAUUUGUGCCGUCAGAUGGUGUCUUUAGCAGGGGUUAUCUAGGUUAUUGCUGUAUUUAGUUGUUUUAAGGCGUAUUAUAAAUAUACAUAAGAAGAUGCACUGAUACUUUAAAGCCCUUCAGCUGUUUAUUGUCCCACUUUAGUUUAUUAUACCCCAGCAGUUUGAUAAAUACGAAUCACUUUUCUUCUGCAAUCCAGUUCUCUUUCACACAAACAUACAUUUUUUUAAACCUAUGAUAAACCCCAUGUUUAAUUAACAUUUGUUUCCAGAUGGAAAUUUGUGUUUAAUUUUUGGGUUGAGGUGGAGCAACACAACUGGUUCAACUUUUGCCUGUGCUGAUCUUGAGCAAACUUCCAUUCCUGGCCUGUUUGGGAGCAAGAAACCAGAAUUCUGCAUUCAGUCCCUAUGCUUUCUGGUUUCUUUUACCCACAUGUGAAGAGAGGACAGAACCUUGAGCAAAUGGGAUGCAAACCCCAGCAUGCUAUGUAUUCAUAUUGUGGUUUAAGUAAACCAGAAUAAACUAGGAAUUUCUGGCUUUUUCUUAUGGGAUAAUGCAAUGUGUCUCAGAUAGUUGAGUAUUGUUGCUGAGAGCAGUGUAAUCAUUUACAGUGGUACUUUGGGUUAAGAACUUAAUUCGUUCUGGAGGUCUGUUCUUAACCUGAGGUACCACUUUAGCUAAUGGGGCCUCCUGCUGCUGCUACGCCGCUGCCACAUGAUUUCUGUUCUCAUCCUGAAGCAAAGUUCUUAACCCAAGGUACUAUUUCUGGGUUAGCGGAGUCUGUAACCUGAAGCGUCUGUAACCCAAGGUACCACUGUAUAUAUCUGUUCAGAGUUCAGUGGGCUUACUCCUAAGAAAGUGGAUCUAUAAUAGCAGCCCAAGUUUCUGCUGUAGAAUAAACACCAGGAAAAAAUAGGCUAGAUUUACUGAGAAAAAUUUGAGGAUUAAACAGAUUUGACACUCAUUUUACAUUCUGACCUACUUAGUGAUUUCUGUUUCAUAUCUCCAUUAAUUGAAGAGGUGUACCUUCAUAGAUGGGACGCAGGUGGCGCUGUGGGUUAAACCACAGAGCCUAGGACUUACCGAUCAGAAGGUCGGCGGUUUGAAUCCCCGCGACGGGGUGAGCUCCCAUUGCAUGGUCCCUGCUCCUGCCAACCUAGCAGUUCGAAAGCACGUCAAAGAGCAAGUAGAUAAAUAGGUACCGCUCCGGCGGGAAGGUAAACGGCAUUUCCAUGUGCUCUGCUCUGGUUCGCCAGAAGCGGCUUAGUCAUGCUGGCCACAUGACCCGGAAGCUGUACGCCGGCUCCCUUGGCCAAUAAAGCGAGAUGAGCACCGCAACCCCAGAGUCGGCCACGACUGGACCUAAUGGUCAGGGGUCCCUUUACCUUUACCUUUACCUUACCUUCAUAGAUAUUGAUUAAUAAGGUGAAUGAAAAAUGUUAUGAUACUAAACUUUGAGAGAGUAAGCAAAUCUGUCUGACCAUGUGGAUAAUCCAUCCAUGAGAUGGAUUAUUGUUUAAAUGGGACUGUUAUAGAAAAAACCCUGCUCCUUUCCCCUUAUGGGGUAUCCAAGACCCCAUAUAGAGUCCUUAAGUGGGUUCUCUAUUGGUAGGAGAAAAUAACAGAGGCCAACCAGAUAAUAUUGAGAAGCAAAGCAACUAGUAAGCCUGAUCUUUAUUAAACUGUUACAACAGGGUCUUCACUUAUCACGUGCAGGAGGGAGGAGGAACCCAGAACAAUGGUGAGCAAGCCCUUAUAUAGACUUUUGAAAUUGCUCACCCUGUAGCUCAAGACCACCCCCAAAACAUCAUACAUACAUCACAAAAGGGGGUGGUCUACAGCAGAAAUACAUCACAUAAGGCGGUCUACAACAGAAAUCCUGUUUGUCAGGAUAUCUGUUAAUGGUCACUGAUUGCUUUAGCUGGGCAGCCUGGCUAUUGUUUCGUGAUGGUAAUUACUUUAAUUCCUCAAACCAGGCACAGGUUCACCCUAUUCAUACACAGAUAUGCCCUUAAGGCAGGUAAGCAAGAGACAAUGGAGAGGCUUCCCCAUUUUCUUCCUCCUUGCAGAGAAAUAUUUGAGGUCAAUUUGGGAGAGUCAAAAUGGUUUGAGAGAGUCAAAAUGGCUUCAGGAUUGCUCUCCUGUACUAUUUCAGACACGUGGUUUAUAUACUUAUGUAUGUGUUUUCCUUGUACAUUUAUGAAUAUUUUAUAUUUCAGAUCUUAGAAUUCUUGUAACAAGUCACUGACAUGACUUCGUAGUCUCAAGGGAUUUUUUUUUAUUUUUUAGUUGACUGAUAACCACAGAAAGAUGGUUUUGAUUUCCCUUUUGGGGGAAACUUUUAAUUUUACAGUUACACUGUAAAUAAUAUUUUAACUAUUUUUCAAAAAAUAAAUUUAUUCAUAAAGUUAAUUCCUAAUGUUUUUGUUGUUCUUGUCCUGUUUCAUAUUGUGUAUUUAAAUCACCCCAGAAACAAGUAGGGAAAUUAAUUCAUCAUGUGAAAUAGCCUUUGGCUAUAAAGAUUUUUUUUUAAAUGCUAUGGAUUGGAUACUAAUGAGUGGAAGGAAGUUUCCUUCCUUCUUCUCCAGCCCGAUUCCUUCUGAAAACUUGGAUAUACAGUUGUCAGAUACAUUUUGGAAACUUUUUUUCAUAUGUGGUAGACAUGUAGAAAGGCGUAAGAAUAUUGGGAAAUGAUCUAUAAUGAAAAUGCAUGUUACAAUCAGCGGACUGAAAAACAGAAACAGAAAGGAAGAAUAUGUGAUAGUUAAGGAGGUUUGAAGAUAAAGGGCAGAGCAAAUGGGAAGGAGGGACUAUUAAGAUGAGCAGGUAAGAACAGAGUUUUCAUAUUUAUGAAUUAACUAGCCACUUGUAAGAGACUAAAUCUUUCAACCAUGGAGUGAUCCUAAUAUCUCAGGAGGUUUUCACUACUGUUUUUCAUUAUGGUUGAUGUAGUCGUUAUUGCUGUUGUUCUGUUUUCUUUUUCCAUAUGUAUUCUCAAAAAUGGCAAAGUGACAUUUUUAAAGGACGGAUUGAAAAAAGAGCAUCUAAAUGAGACAGUAUAGCAAUGCCUUUUGUUGAUUAGCUUAGUUUUCCAACCUGAAACAUCCUUUUUGGGGGGCGGUGUGUGGUGCGUGAGUAAACUCCAAUGCAUAUCCUUAGUGAAAGUAUGUGUGAUCAGAUUGAUGUUCUGCUGUAUGGCAUUUGGCAAAAAAUAAAUAAAUCCUGUACAAGGUUAUAAAAAUGAAGAAUUACUGUGACGUUCUGGUCAUUAGUCAGAAGUGGCUUGCUUGCUGGAUUGGAGCUGUUUUGGUUGCUUGCUUCCUGAAAGGUGGGUCACUGUUGCUUAUCAGUUGGGAGAGGGGUGGUGUUGUAGGGAGGGUGGUGCUGUGCAAAGGGCACCAGAUUGACUCCACUGGAACAUCUGUAAUGCCCCAGUCUCCCCAUUUUCUUGCCCCCUCCUCUCUAAGCAACAGCAGCUCACCUGCCAGGAAGCUAACACAGCAUCUCUUGCCCAUUGCUAUUGUCAAGAUGUUUUAAAUACUGACUUCCUGUCUGCUGCCCAUGAAUACAGAUAAGUCUAUAAACUGCGCAUCAGAAUGAAGUACCGUAAUUUCUUUAGCAUUCCUGACAUCAGGAGUUCUUUUAUUUCACAGGAUCUAUUUCUCAUUUAGCUGAAAAUUACCUUGAUAGACUAUGCAACAUGUGUAAAAGUGAUCAUUGUGGGAUGUAUAUAGAAAAAUCUGUUGGUGAGGAACAAUAAACUAUCAGCCCAAAUAAUCACAGUGAUAGCAUCACUGUACAUGGAUAGAUAGUGAUGUAAGAGUGUGUUAUUGUAAUAAUUAUUGGGGAUCAACUAGGGAUUAAGCAGAAGCAAUGACAACGCUGUCUUCUUGAAACACUAAUGUUGCUGAAUUAGAUUUCAAGUGUAGCUUCCGGCUCUGCAGGAAGCUGUGUGCUAAUAAUUCUUGUUAAAAUCAAUGGCUUUCACCGUUAAGUAUUUCUUAGGAAUUGGAUUUCUGUCAUCCAGGACAAGAUUCUGUUUCUAAGUAGACGCUCUAUUAAAAAGGAAAGCCUUUAAUUGCAAGAUACCCAUUAAGUGUUGGCUGCUUUUCUAAUUCCUUUUUACCGUUUUCUCUCAAUAGAAAAUCAUCUACGAAAUACACAAAAAUGA